CACCACCACCUCCACUUCCUCCGUGCGCCCGCUCUCUCCCCGUCCGUCCCCAGCAGCAUUCGCAAAACGCAAACGAACGAACGCCCCCGAAGCCAGUAGUCACGCACCCGACUCACACACACACACACACUCCCCUCGCGCACUCACAACACUCUCUUACCGCCCAGCCGUGCCCCUGGCCCACCGCCGCAGCGCCGCCUGCAUGGACGGCCACCCCAGGGCCCGCCUCGCCGGCGCCGGCGGCGAUCUCCGCCCGCCGGAGCCGCCGCUCGACCCGCUCGAGUUCCUCUCCCGAUCCUGGAGCGCCUCCUCCGUCGACGUCCCGCGCGCGCGUCCUGGGGCCCCGCCGCCGCUGCCGGCCCUCGCCGGGCCCAUCGCCGAGGACGCCGCCUGCGAGCUCGACGACGGGGGCGCCGCCACCGCGGGGAGCUCCUUCUCCUUCGCAUCCGCAGCCACCUCGCAGUUCAUCAUGGAGCGGAUCCUGGCGCAGUCGGAAGUGGCGCCCCUCACAUCCGGCCGGCUCUCGCAUAGCAGCGGCCCUCUGACCGGCGGCGGUUCCCUCACCGACAGCCCGCCGGUCUCGCCGGAGAUUGAUGACUCGCAGUACUGUAGAGCAGCGGGCACACCGAAGCCACAGGCAUACCGAGGCGGCAGCAAGACAGUUGGCCGGUGGCUCAAGGACAGGAAGGAGAAGAAGAAAGAGGAGACACGAGCACACAAUGCACAGGUCCAUGCUGCUGUUUCAGUUGCAGCGGUGGCUGCAGCGGUUGCAGCCGUGGCAGCUGCCACGGCUGCAGCCUCAGGAUCUGGCAAGGAUGAUCGUGCAGCUCGCACCGACAUGGCUAUGGCUUCCGCAGCAACACUUGUUGCUGCACAAUGUGUUGAGGCCGCUGAGUCCAUGGGAGCUGAGCGUGAGCAUUUGGAGGCAGUUGUUAGCUCAGCAGUGAAUGUCAGGACUCCUGGAGACAUUGUCACGGUCACAGCUGCUGCCGCUACUGCAUUGAGAGGUGCAGCCACAUUGAGGGCAAGGGCUUUGAAGGAAGUGUGGAACAUAGCGGCAGUGAUCCCAGUAGAGAAGGGGACGAUGGGAGGAGGUGGCCACCAUCACAAGCAGAGUGUGCACAAACAGCAUCACAAGUUGGAGAGCAACGAUAGUAGCGUUAGCGACCUUUCGCUCGAUGAGGAAAACAAUUUCCUGGGCAUUUGCAGUCAGGAAUUUCUUGUUCGCGGCACUGAGCUUCUCAAGCGCACACGGAAAGGUGCACUGCACUGGAAGGUUGUAUCAGUCUACAUCAACCGGUUGGGCCUGGUUGCUCUCAAAAUGAAGAGCCGGCAUGUUGCUGGGACAAUCACCAAGAAGAAGAAAAAUGUGGUGAUAGAUGUGUGCAAGGACGUUGCAGCAUGGCCAGGCCGACACCUGCUGGAGGAUGGUGAGCACCGCCGUUACUUUGGCCUUAAGACGGCUGAUCACCGAGUAAUCGAGUUCGAGUGCACCAGCCAGAGGGACUACGAGUUGUGGACCAAGGGCGUAGCGCGCCUCCUCAGCAUUGCCGGUGAGCGGAAGCGCCUCCUGUGAGUAGCCCUCCUGCGGCAACCAGCCGGCUCAGGGCUGCGCUGGGUUGGCCCUAGCCAUCUGUUUGCUAGGCUGUAGAUGUGAAGUGAGGGCAACAAAACAGCGUGGGUGAUGAGGUGUGCCUUUUGUCCCAGAAGAAGUAUGUAGCUAGUGCUCCUGUUGUUGUUAGGGCAGGAAUUCAAUUAAAGGGGACGUGUUUAUGUGCUUCUGGGGAAUGCAACGCAUGGGUUUCCAUCCCUCAUAGCAGCUCAUAGCCUCAUAGCAAGAAAAGAAGGGGAGGAGAGUGAGGUUCUUUCUUUGCUCUAUUUCCUUCGUUUUAUUUCUGUUCUGUUCUGUCUCCUGUAAGUUUUGUUUCUUUUUUUCUUUCUCAUCCGGGGUGUGGCCUAUACAGUCAUAUCUAUCUGGAGCUGUGGCUAGCUGGAAAAGGAUAAAUGCGUUGUUCUGUUAUUAUUUAGUAUAAAGCAUCUGUUUAUGCCAUUUCCGGUUGCAUGUGCUUGGUAGAACAUCUCAGUUUUCCUUGUUUUUAAUGGGGAUUCCGUGAGCUUGUUUGA